AGGAAGGCGGCUCUCGCCGCACAUGCAGCCCCCGCCGCGCUCCCGCCGCCCGCGCCCCGCCUGCGCCCUGCCCGCCCGGUGCCAGCACCGGCUCCGCUCGCCGCCGCCGCCGCUCGGGGCUCCGCGCUGCUGCCGGGGCUGCCAUCCGCUCCGUGCCGGGGCGCAGGGGCUGCGCUCCGCUCCGUGCCCGCCUGCCCGGGCUGCCAUCCGCUCCGUGCCCGGCUGCCGAGCCUGAGAUCCGCUGCCGGGCUCCGCUCCGCUCGGUGCCGGGGCUGCGCUCCGCUCCGUGCCCGGCUGCUCGGGCUGCCGGGGCUCCGCUCCGCGCCGGCGGGGGCCCGCAGGAUGCCGCGGGAGGCCGAGCGCCCGGCGCGGGGGAGCCGCCGCGGCCGCCGCCCCAGGCUUCUGGAGAUGCUGCUGACUGCCCUGCACCUCCCUGCAUGAGCCAGCAGAGAAUGGAAGUGACCGGAAUCAUCUGGGCCAAGGACCCUUCAGCCGGCACUGGGAUGGAGUUACAAAUGGCCUUGUGAGCUGCACCUGUGGCACACACACCUGCCCUGCCACACUCCUUGCACAAUAGUCCCAGGCUGCCUCAGGACAGGCAGACAUUGGCCACAGCAGCUCAUCCUGUCAACUCCUCUGUGAAAAGCCUUGUGGAAGAGCUUCCUCCUCCUCCUCCUCCUGUGAAUGCCAGCAGCGGGUGUGUGUGCCCCGUGUGCCCGCAGGCAGGGUGGGCAGCAGGCUGGGCAUCACCCCCCUGCCCAGCCAGACCCACGGCAGCCCAGCACGGAGCCCUGCAGCUCUGUCCCCAAGGACAAAUGCCAGCUGCCACACUCUCCUCUGGAAACCCAGGAGCAGCCUGCCAGGCACCAGCACUGACUGCUCCCACGCCAGCAGCGGGCAGCCCAGGCCACCUCUUGUCCCACAUGUGACUCAGGCAGGACAGGGCACGGCAUGCAGCAGGGACAGGGAUGCUCUGCACUGACCAGGCAGCCUCACACUCCUAGUGUGGACUUUCCUCCUGCUUCUCCCUAAAGGAUGCUGGCUGCACACCCAGAAGCUCCUGCUGAUGCAGCCCCCUAGAGUGCCAUGGCGAAGGGUCUGCAGGGCUGCCUGUGCACCAUGCUGCUGCUGCUGUGUGCCAUGCAGGAGCUGGGCUGCUGGGCCAUGCACACAGUGGGGCAGGGCCCUGGCGAGCCCGGGGACCCUGCGCUGCUGGCCGGAGGGAGAGUGAAGCGUGGCUGGGUCUGGAACCAGUUCUUUGUGGUGGAGGAGUACACGGGCACGGAGCCGCUCUAUGUGGGGAAGAUCCACUCGGACUCAGAUGAAGGAGAUGGCUCCAUCAAAUACACCAUCUCCGGGGAGGGCGCGGGCACCAUCUUCCUCAUCGAUGAGAUCACAGGGGACAUCCACGCCACCGAGCGCCUGGACCGCGAGCAGAAAACCUUCUACACACUGAGGGCACAGGCCCGGGACAGACAGACGGACCAGCUGCUGGAGCCUGAGUCAGAGUUCAUCAUCAAGGUGCAGGACAUCAAUGACAGCGAGCCGCGCUUCCUCGAGGGGCCCUACAUCGGCAGCGUGGCCGAGCUGUCCCCUGUUGGCACCUCUGUGAUGCAGGUGAUGGCCUCUGACGCCGAUGACCCCACCUAUGGGAGCAGCGCCAGGGUGGUCUAUAGCGUGCUGGAGGGGGAGCAGCACUUCACUGUGGACAGCAAAACAGGUGUGAUCCGCACAGCCGUGGCAGACCUGGACCGCGAGACGCAGGACCGCUACGAGGUGGUGAUCCGUGCCACAGACAUGGCAGGGCAGCUGGGGGGGCUCUCAGGAUCCACCACCGUCACCAUUGUGGUCACUGAUGUCAACGACAACCCGCCACGCUUCCCUCAGAAGAUGUACCAGUUCAGCAUUGUGGAGACGGCCCCCGUGGGCACUGCCAUCGGGAGGGUGAAGGCAGAGGACUCUGACGUCGGGGAGAACACGGACAUGACAUACCAAGUGAAGGAUGAGGAAGGGGUGGAGAUGUUCAAAGUCACCACGGACAGCAAUACCCAAGAGGCUGUCAUCACAGUGCAGAAGCCUCUUGACUACGAGUCAAAGAAAGUGCACACUGUGGUGGUGGAGGCCCUCAACAAGUUCGUGGACCCGCGGUUCGUGGACCUGGGCACCUUUCGGGACCAGACCAUCGUGAGGGUCUCAGUGCUGGACGUGGACGAGCCCCCCGAGUUCCGGCCCCCCUCCAACCUGCUGGAGGUGCAGGAGGAUGCCCACGUGGGCUCUGUCGUGGGGGUGGUCACUGCCCUGGACCCAGACACAGCGAAUCACCCCGUCCGGUACGCCAUUGACCGCAGCACCGACGCCGAGAGGAUCUUCGACAUUGAUGCCAAAACGGGGGCAAUUGUCACAGGAAAGGUCCUGGACCGGGAGACAGCAGGGUGGCACAACAUCACUGUCCUGGCCAUGGAGGCAGAUAACCACUCCCAGGUGUCAAGGGCCUCUCUCCGUAUCCGAAUCCUGGAUGUCAAUGACAAUCCACCUGAGCUUGCCACCCCCUAUGAAGCCGCUGUGUGUGAGGAUGCCAAGCCAGGCCAGCUGAUCCAGACCAUCAGCGUUGUGGACCGGGACGAGCCUCAGAGCGGGCACCGCUUCUACUUCACCCUGGCGCCUGAGGCCACCAACAACCACCACUUCUCUCUGCUGGAUAUCCAGGACAACACGGCAGCAGUGCACACACAGAGAGUGGGCUUCAACCGCCAGGAGCAGGACGUGUACCUGCUCCCCAUCCUGGUGGUGGACAGUGGCCCCCCAGCCCUGAGCAGCACAGGGACCCUGACCAUCCGUGUGUGUGGCUGUGACAGCACCGGGGCCAUCCAGUCCUGCAACAGCACGGCCUACGUGGUGUCAGCCACGCUGAGCCCCGGCGCCCUCAUCGCGCUGCUGGUCUGCGUCCUCAUCCUGGUUGUGCUGGUCCUUCUGAUCCUCACGCUGAAGCGGCACCACAAAAGCCACCUGACCUCUGAGGAGGACGAGGACAUGAGGGACAAUGUCAUUAAAUACAACGACGAAGGAGGUGGUGAGCAGGACACGGAGGCCUAUGACAUGUCAGCCCUGCGCAGCCUCUACGACUUCAGCGAGAUCAAAGCUGGCGAUGGAGGUGGGGGCCCAGGAGAGGGGGCCCCAGGCAGAAACCCAUCCUCGGAGCUGCACGCCCUCCCGCAGUGGGUGCAGAGCCCGGACCUGGACUUCUCUGUGUUCAGAGACUACAUCUGCAGGAAGGUGGAGCAGGCGGACGAGGACCUCUCUGUGCCGCCCUAUGACUCGUUCCAGACCUAUGCCUUCGAGGGCUCGGACUCGCCAGUGCCCUCGCUGAGCUCCAUCAACACCUGGUCCAGCGGCUCGGAGCAGGACUUCUCCUACCUGGGGGGCUGGGGGCCGCGGUUCCGGCAGCUGGCCGCGCUGUACGCGGGGCGCCGGGGCGGCGAGGACAGCGAGGAGUCCUAGCUGCCCCUGCAGCCCCUGGCCCCGGCCACCCCCUGGGCUGGGACCGCUGCCCGAGAGCUGCCACAGGGCAUCCUGUGCCCCUGGGCCGGACUGCACGGCUGCCGGCGAGAGGCUGCACCGGGGACUGCUCCUGUGCGGCUCGGGUGGGGAGCCCGGAGGAGCCGCCGGGGCGUCCUCAAAGCCAGUCUCCAUUAAAGCACUACGCAUUGACUUAAGAAGGAGAAAAUCUAAUUCAAGAGGGUUUGGAGAGGGUUUCUCCCCCACAAAUUAUCAUUUAAAUAGAUCUGUUCGGUGAUCCCCAUCCAGGAGAGGAAGAGCGAACCGGGAGCCUUUUGUUGUCUAAAUUGUUUUUGUCACUUGAGUCAGAGCAUUUAAAGAGCUUUGAUUUCUUUAAGAGCUUUCCUUGCUGAGGGAAACAAGCUUUUAACUUCUGUUCAGGUUUUCCCCUCCUAAGUUUACUUGCUUUUUGAAGUCUUCCUUCUCGCUGCUCCCCGUGGGGCUCUCAGCAGCCCCCGGCUGCGGGCACGGUGCUGGAGGGAGGAUGCCACGCUGGGAUCACACCCUGCAGAACGGCUGUUCACAGCUUUCCCUUCCGUGCUGCCCAUCGCUUCACCCCUGUCUGGUGAUGUGAAGGGGAUCCCCAACACUCCCUGCACAGCAGACGUUGUCUGUGAAGUGCUGGUGUGCCCCACAGCCCCAGGGGCAGACAGGGAUGUCCCACCUGUCACCGAGGCACGAUGUUGUGUCCUGGGCCACACAGCAGCUGUGGUGCUGGGCAGAGCCAUCAGAGCACCAUGCCCAGGUGGGCUCUGCCAGCCCCUCACACAGGACCUGGGGUUUGCAGGGCUCCCAGCCUGCCACUGGCUGUCAGCAAAUGGUGUGAGCUGCACAGGGCAGCAGGCAGGAUGUCAGUGCUCCCUGGCCCACAGUGGCUCGGGAAGAGCUGCAUCCCAUGGAGGACCUUGCUGCAGGAUGCAGGAGAACCCUGGCCCCUGGCUGGGGAGAAUAAUUCCUGCUUGCACCCUGCUGACAGCAGAGCAUCACCGUUAGCAACAGAACAGCCAUCCCAGGAGAUGUGUGUGAGGCCAGAACCUGCUGGCACAGCUCUGGGGCCGAGCUGGCUGCAGGUUGGGCAGCACAUCUGUGACACCUCGGGAUGCCCAGGGUGUCCCCAGCCCAGCACAGUGUCCUGCAGCAAACCAGCAUGAGCUCCCAGCAGGACUGCUUUUGCAUGUAAUGCCUGGGUUUGGGAGGCAGGGGAGGAAGGUGCCAGUGGGAUGUGCCAUUGCUCCUUAGGCUGCAGAUGAUGCUGGAGGAAAGCACUGGGUGCCCAGUGCCUUCCCAGCCUGCCAACCACCACAGGGAAAACUGAACAGCCUGCAGAGUGAUGUCCUUGCACAGCACCUCAGGCCAUCCUGGCUGGUGCAGCUCCUUAUCUGUUCACGUUGGGAAAAAAAUCAAUUAUAUCAUUGAUAGGUAACUGAUACGGUCUCCCAAGGCCUGACACAUCCUGGGCUUGUCAUUGGGUUUGUCCUUUUAGUUUAACUACAGCCCCUGUUUCUCUCUUUGGAGCAGGUUUAACUGUAGGUGUACAUGCGUGUCCAUUUCUUUACUGCGUGUUGCUUCCCGGCUGCUGGCGUUCCUUUGGCAGCAGAGAGGGACAGGACCAGUGCCUGCCCUCAGCUGCUCCUGCCCACUGCCGCCUGUGCAGAGCCCGGCUGGGCUCACGCUGGCACCAGGAGCCCCUCAGGGCCUCGGCUGGCACCCGUGCCCAGCGUGCUGCUGGUUCACUGUGAUGAUGCUGGGGAGGCAGCAGGGCCCUGAGUGCCAGCUCCGGCCACAGCAUCCCGAGCACGUGGCACCCCGCACCUCCAAGCAGGAGAACGGAGAAAUCCCUCUCUUUCCUCAGGAAUGUGUUCGUGUUUUCCCUCUGGGCUGCAGAGCUGAGCCCCCCGGGCACCGGCCCUCCCUCUAGCCAAGUGUUGUGCAAUAGCAGGGCUCUGUCCUAGCAGACGGGGUCUGACAGGGUAGGUGUUUAGCACCCCUCCCAUCCCCGCGCAGCCCGUGCUCCGCAUGCACUCACGCUCGCCUUUCCCUUUCUGUAAAUACGGGAGGAGCCCGCGCCCCCCGCCCGGCCCCGCAGGGGGAGCUGGCAGCUGCCACCGUGUCCCACGGAGUCACUUCGGUUUUGUUUCUCUACCCAGAUGAAAUUAGAAGGUUGAUUUCCUCACCCUUGUUAUUUAUUUUUUUUUCUCAAGGUCUUUCUGGGACCUGGAAAUAAAUUAUUUCCUUGUCGUCUAGCCUGA